AUGAGCAGGUUCGCGGUGUGUUAUGAUCAAGUCAUCGCGGGUAUCAAGUGCAAGACCUUUGACAAGGACCAGCAAGACGAGCAAAGGUCGUACUUGACCGGCGUCAUCCGCGACGCCUUCAAAUCGCUUUACGACACCGAGACGGUGAGCCAUGUGGAGAAUCAACAGAAGAUCCAGCGCCUCCAGCUAGCUCAAUCUGCCCGCAAAGUUGCUGCCGAACACGCGGAUAUCAGCCGUCGUCGAGAGGAUGUCGAGGCCAACAUUUGCGGCAUCGAGGCGCUGGCGGUUCACAAGAAGAGGUUGCUAGAGAGAGAGCUUGAGCAUAUAACCCGUCGCAAAGCAGAGCUGGGUGCCCGCGAAUCCGAGAUUGCUCGCCGCCUCAGCGAGCUGCAGACCACUGAACAAGCUGUGCGAGACCAUCUUCCAGCAGGCGGCUCCGAGGCCGUACCCAGCUCGUCCGGCUCUGCUGCUCCCUCCGCUACUUCUCCUUCCACCUCGGCAGCCUCCAAGACUGGGGUCAGCGACCCACCAUCGGAGACCGAAAGCAGUGCUGUCGACAUGCCCACUUCCGAUGAAGCUCCCACCUCCGCCAGCCCUACCACCGACACUGCUCCUCCCGCCUAA